AUGAGCCGGGCAAAGCGCAGAGCAUGGACGCUGCCAUUUUGGGCGGCGCUUUUGCUAUGGGGCCACUGGCAGGAGCUCUUCACGGGCGGCCCAGCACGUCGUUUUGUGCGGAGGACGAAAACAUGUUUAUCAUCGGCUUCUGCGAGGAACGCAUCCCUGGAAUUUGGUAGUCCUGGAAGCGUGGCCGGCACUGCAGCGUAUGCAGCGUCAUUCGCCCAAGACUUCCCUGACGCAUCGGACUUGAUCGAAGAGAUAUUUGAGCGCUGGGACAGUGAUGGAAGUGGCGAGCUUUCAUUGGAUGAGUUCCGGGAAGGGUUCCAGAGAGAUGGCGCUUUGCUGAAGCCACGCCCCAGGACCUCUUUCCGCGAAGUCUUGGUUGAUUCCGUUGCAGGUCUCAUUUCCCGCACUUGGGAUGGUGCUAGCGCGAAUGCACAGGCAUUGACAGGUGCCGUGUGGGAUGCCACCAUGCAGCGCGUGGCUUGUGUGGGGGACGGGUGUCGAGUUGCAUGGCGCGAUGGAACGCGCCUGGUGCGCUCGGCUCCCACCGCAGUGGGGCAGGCCAUUCUCAAUGGAGAGGGUCGCUUCGUGUACAAUCUCUUCUCUCGGCAGCUGGCAGUUUUUGUGCCGAAUUUUUGGGACUCUACCAAAAUCGAGGCUGACAUUUUUUUGCAACGCUCGUUUUGGCUGCGAAAUCUCAGCAUCAACCCUGCUGCGGCUUCGCUGCUCACAGCGCUGGCCCCGCCUGGGCUGAAUUUCACACGCGUUUACAUAAGUGACGCAAAGGUGUCAUGGAACAAUCUGAUGGCGCUUGACUCCAGCCCAAUAGAAGUGGAAAUUGACUCAAUCUCUGCGGAAGCCAGCGAGCAACCGGCAGGCAGCGAAGAAGAGAUUGAAGAUCUUAUCCUUCGCUGGCUGGACGUGUGUGGUGGCGUGCAGCCCGAUCCAUUUCGAGGUCGAUACCCUUUGCUUGAUGCAGCCACUUUUCGCGUACACCACGUGGAGCUUAAGAUCGAUGGUCCAUCCCGUUAUGGCUCGCUUGCAGUGUCCAUGAGAGGACUUGAGGUGAAAGCUGUGAACGAGGACGGCCAGCAGCAAGACUUGUUGAUGAUGUUGGAGCGCUCCCAAGACUGGGAGAACAAUGCCAUCACAAUGUCCAGACUUGUGGAAUGCAGCCAGGCGUCAGCUCGAUAUGUGGGACGAGGCCCAAGCAGUGAGCAGGGCCACUUCAGCGAAUAUUUGCUUGAACCCACUCCCUUGAGCCUGCUGCUGCAGCAAAUUAAGAAUGUUUCAGAUAUGCGCCAGAUCUUCCGACAGCGCAAUGUCAUUUCGGUGCCCAGUGGCCGGCUGCUGCUCUUGGGUCCCUUAGCGGGCGCGGUGAACGACUCCGCAGAGGAACUGCCUCCGCCGGACCCGCGGCUGUGCCCUUUCGACGUUCCAACUCCGGAGUGGCGAAUCCAAAUGGCCAGCCGUGAUCAAUUCGACUGGAUUUUUUCCGCCUGGCACCUUGGGCAGCAUUUGGCGCUGCGAGCACUUCCAAGGCAUAGUGCGUAG